UGGGCGGCGGGCGGUGACGUCAAAACGGAGCGCCGCGCCUGGCCGUGUUUCGGGUCAGUGCUACCUGCCGCUUCUCGGCGCGUGCGUUGCACCGCGCCGCCUCGCUGCUUCUUAUCUCCGUGUGGAUCCCGAUGAGCGGCAGGUGGUGAUAGACGCCGGGCUGGUGCGAUGAGUCUCUUCAACCUGGACCGCUUCCGUUACGAGAAGAGGCGGACGAGCACGGAGCAAGAUGGGCGGCCUGCUUCUGUAGCAGCCCAGGCCCAGGAGGAUGGCAGCCCUGCUGCUGCAGCCCAGGCCCAAGAGAACAGCCCUGCUUCUGACGGCGGUGGGAACGAUGCUGCAAGGAGCAGCAGGCCAGGCAGCCCAGCCUCGGAGGCAGCAGGGGACUCCAGCAUCCCAGAAACUCCUGAAGCUGAGAGAACGAAGGAGCUGUCUUACUUCAACCAUCGAAGAGGGGUACAUUUCCUAGAUGUGUCUUCAGACAGUGAAGAUGAAGUACCAAGAAAAGUCAGUGCUUCGAAAGAAAACAAGGCUCCAAAGAAAGAUGUUAUUUUAAUCUCAGAAGACUCAUCAGAGGAUGACCCGCCUGUGUAUCAGCUACAGCAGGCGGCUUACAUGAGCAAUGGGGACCAACUAGUUGACUUGCAGGAAGAUACAGAGGAAGACAUCAGAAAUGCAAAGCUACAAACACUGAAGGAACUUUUUCCUCAGAGGAGUGACAAGGAUUUGUUACAAUUGGUAAAAUCAACAUGCUCCAUGGAUGAAGCGAUAGCUGCUUGUUUGAAAUUCGAUGAUGAAGCUGCCUCUCGUAAAAGGAGACUAAAUGAUUCUCAUAUAAAUGGCAAAGAGAGUGAUAAGCAUAUGACAAAAAAGCCAAAAGCUGAUUAUCUGGAUGGGUCAAAGUCUGAAAUACAGUGGGAGAAGCAAGAGAUGCUUGUAGAGAAGCUGCAAAACACAUUCCCUAGCAUGGAUAAGGAGGAACUGAGAGAUGUACUUCGGGAACAUAACUGGGUGCUUCAUGAAGCACGAGAGGCCCUGAGAGUUUUUGCAGGAGGCAGUGAUGGUGUGGAAUAUCCUUCCCAAAGUGAAGUUUCUGACUGGACCAAAGUCUCUGCAAAUAGCAGAAGUGAUAAGAAGAAAGUGCAGCAGAAACGGAAAUUUUCUGGGAAAGAGCAGAACUGCCUUAGGAAAAAGCAUAAAGCCAAAGCAAAUGUUUGGAGCACUAAAACAGAAGUACAGGACUCAGAGGAUGAGUCAGCUGCUGAAGAUGGUGGUAGCUCUCUUGACGAGGACUAUGGCAGUGGCGAUGAAGUGGUAGAAGGUGUAUACAAAAAUAAAAUCCUAGGCUUCCUGCAAGAUGCUUCUCCAUCUGAACUCACUAUGAUUCCCCAGUGUUCUGAGAAAAAGGUUCAGAAGAUAAUAGCGCUCCGGCCCUUUAAUAGUUGGGAAGCCCUGUUUUCAAAAAUAACUAAGACUGCUGGCUUGUCAGAAGAUAUCGUGUGGAACUGCAAGACCCUGCUGAAGGAGAGAGAUGUGGUUCUCAAGCUCAUGAAUAAAUGUGAAGAAAUUUCAAAUAAACUGACAAAACAAGUAACCAAGAUUACUGAAGAUGGAGGAUGCAAAUGGAACAUUGAGCAACCCUCCAUUCUGAACCAGAGUUUGGAACUCAAGCCAUACCAGAAGAUUGGUUUAAACUGGUUAGCACUUCUUCAUAAACAUGGACUGAAUGGUAUUUUGGCUGAUGAAAUGGGCUUAGGAAAAACAAUUCAAGCUAUUGCAUUUCUGGCCCAUAUCUAUCAAGAAGGUGAUAGUGGUCCACAUUUGAUAGUUGUGCCAGCUUCAACACUGGAUAACUGGAUAAGAGAAGUUAAUCUGUGGUGUCCUGAACUGAAUGUCCUUUUUUACUAUGGAUCCCAGGAAGAUAGGAAACAUCUCCGGGCUGACAUUAGUAACAGAGUUGUAGAUUUCAAUGUCAUUGUAACUACGUAUAACUGUGCAAUUAGCAGCUCAGAUGAUCGGAGUCUGUUUCGCAAGGUGAAGCUUAACUAUGCAAUUUUUGAUGAAGGUCAUAUGCUCAAGAACAUGAGCUCUGUACGCUACCAGCAGCUAAUGAGAAUUAAUGCAAAGCAUCGCUUACUGCUAACAGGAACCCCAGUUCAGAAUAACCUGUUGGAGUUGAUGUCUCUCUUGAAUUUUGUUAUGCCACAUAUGUUCAGUAGCAGCACAAGUGAAAUCCGAAGGAUGUUCUCUUCAAAAACAAAGACUGCUGAAGAACAAAGCACAUAUGAAAAGGAAAGGAUUGCACAUGCAAAGCAGAUAAUAAAACCAUUCAUCUUGAGAAGAGUAAAAGAUGAGGUCCUUAAACAACUACCUCCCAAAAAAGAUCACAUUGAAUUAUGUGCCAUGUCUGAGAAGCAAGAGCAACUAUACUGUGAUCUCUUAAACAAGCUGAAGAAGACUAUGAAGGGUAACGAGAAAAACUCUGAUAUGGGAAAUGCAAUGAUGCAACUUAGAAAAAUGGCUAAUCACCCUCUCUUACAUCGUCAGUAUUACACAGCUGACAAACUCAAGACAAUGUCUAAACUUAUGCUCAAGGAACCCACACAUUGUGACGCUAAUCCUGACCUUAUCUUUGAAGAUAUGACAGUAAUGACAGAUUUUGAACUGCAUUUGCUUUGUAAGCAAUAUACUCAUGUCAGUGACUUCAAGUUAGAUAUGGAUCAGAUUUUGGAUUCGGGAAAGUUUAGAGUAUUGGAACGCCUUCUAUCUGACCUUAAAGAGAAGGGUGACAGAGUUGUGUUGUUUAGCCAGUUUACAAUGGUACUGGAUAUCUUGGAAGUUUUCCUAAAACAUUGGCAACACAGGUAUAUUAGGUUGGAUGGAAAAACACAGAUUUCUGACAGGAUACAUCUAAUAGAUGAGUUCAAUACAGAUAUGGGUAUAUUUGUGUUCCUCCUGUCAACCAAAGCUGGCGGCUUGGGAAUCAAUCUGACUUCAGCGAAUGUUGUUAUUCUUCAUGACAUCGAUUGCAAUCCAUACAAUGAUAAGCAAGCAGAAGAUCGAUGCCAUAGAGUAGGUCAAACAAGAGAAGUAAAAGUCAUAAAGCUGAUCAGUAAAGGGACUAUUGAAGAAUCCAUGCUCAAAAUGAAUCAGCAGAAAUUGAAGUUAGAACAAGAUAUGACUGCAGCAGAUUUGGGUAAGUCUCUUGCCAGAAAUGAUUUCACCUUACAUGAGUUAAGGAGAUCACUGCAAUAUAUUAUUCCAAAAAACUGCACUCGUAAUUAAGAUGAGACAAUUUUUAGUUCCACUUUAAACUAGAAAAAUGUAUUGUGCCAGUUUACUUUUCUGCUUGACAGGAGGUGUCCCUUGCAUCUAACACGCAGACCAAAUGCUUGCAAGUAGAGGAUUGUAUACAGUUUUGAGAUUCUAGACUUUCGUAGUUUAUGUAAAAUACUUAUUGCUCUACUAAUGUAUGUUUUGAUUCUUCAGGAGAAGAAGGGGCCAUUCCAGCAGAUAUAGCCACGCUAUUGAAAGCCUCAUUAGGUCUCUAAAUUGUAAAUAUGUGGAAUUUAAGGAAGAAAUGAAAUGCCAUACCCCCGAGGACUCUUCCGUUAUUGAUGACCAUGAGUUUUCUGAAGUUUUAUAACUUUUUGUAGUUUCUUCAUUUUAUUCCUCAUGGUAUUGAUAAUUUUUAACACUGGUAGCAUUCUUUCGAUGCUUGAAAACAUAAACAGUACAAGUCUAUCAACAUCAGAUGCUGAAGAAACAUAAUUUUACAGGACGUUUUUCAAAAUGGGGACCUACGUAGUAAUUGUUUUAAUAAAUCUGCUACUGCUUAAGAUUUGUCAGUAUUUUUGUAAUUAUUUCUACCUCCAGACGUAUAAAUAAACUGUCUGUUUCACUGGAUUAUGCUUGUUGAUUUCUUUUAUAUGUGCCUUAUUUGACAAUGCCUAAGUCUGUUUCUGCUUGUUCUGGUUCUUUUGACGUACUGUCCUGGUUUUGUAUCAAUUUGUUCAAAUAAAAUUCCAUGCAUUAUCAA